AUGCUUCGGCUCGCGCUUUUCCUCUGCCUGCUUCAGGUUUUUUAUCAGGUUGCUGAUGCUGGGAUCAACAUCAAGGCCUCGCAGGUGGUUGUCGCCCCACGGCCGGCGGCGCGCAUAAUCUGGGUCCCGAACCCGAACUACAAGACGACCACGUGCAAGCCAUCGACGACGACGCCAAAGCCGACGACGACCACGACGACUCCGACGACGACGACAAACUCCGACGACCACCACCACAACAACUACGACAAGUACCACGAUUACGACGACUACAACGACUUCAACGACUACCACUACGACCACGACGACCACUACGACGACCACGACUACGACCACGACGACUACGACUACGACGACUACGAUAACGACGACAACGACGACAACGACGACAACGACUACCACUACGACCACUACGACCACUACGACCACUACGACCACUACGACGACUACGACCACGACGACGACUACUACUACCACCACCACCACGACGGUAAGUUUGUGCCCCAAACCACAGGUAUAUUGGGGACCACCCGCCGCGUGUUCUCCCCAAUUCCCGUUAACCCGACGGGCGUCCCAUCGCAAGCCUGCAGAUGUCUGAGUGUAGUGGAAAUAUCCCGAAAACGCCGUUCUGUCUCCGCACCGGCUCGCGAAAAACGCCAGUCAACCGGCAGCUGCUUCAACCCUGGGUCGUCCGCCAUCGGAUGCACGUCGAGCCAAGCACAGAUUAUGGUCUACUCGACUUUCUAUGAUGAGAACGGCGUCAACGUCUUCAACACGACGCGCUGCUCGAAGAAACCGUUCACCGACGCGGAGAUGCUGUUUUGCGGCCGCCCGUAUGGCCCGGACGCCUAUUAUCAAACACCGGAUAAGCUGCACAACAUCGUCAAGCAGUCCUGCCAAUUCCUGUACAGCGCCGGCUGCCCC